GGCGGCGGAGGAGGCAAGAGGUGGUUGGCGGGUGGCGGGGUGGACCAUGGCUGACGUUUUCCCGGCCAACGACUCCACGGCGUCUCAGGACGUGGCCAACCGCUUCGCCCGCAAAGGGGCGCUGAGGCAGAAGAACGUGCACGAGGUGAAGGACCACAAAUUCAUCGCCCGCUUCUUCAAGCAGCCCACCUUCUGCAGCCACUGCACCGACUUCAUCUGGGGGUUUGGGAAACAAGGCUUCCAGUGCCAAGUUUGCUGUUUUGUGGUCCACAAGAGGUGCCAUGAAUUUGUUACUUUUUCUUGCCCGGGUGCAGAUAAGGGACCCGACACUGAUGACCCCAGGAGCAAGCACAAGUUCAAGAUCCACACCUACGGAAGCCCCACCUUCUGCGAUCACUGUGGGUCACUGCUGUACGGGCUCAUCCACCAAGGGAUGAAAUGCGACACCUGCGACAUGAACGUGCACAAGCAGUGUGUCAUCAACGUGCCCAGCCUCUGUGGGAUGGAUCACACGGAGAAGAGGGGCCGGAUCUAUCUGAAGGCCGAGGUCACCGAUGAAAAGCUCCAUGUCACGGUACGAGAUGCAAAAAAUCUAAUCCCUAUGGAUCCAAACGGGCUUUCAGAUCCAUAUGUGAAGCUGAAACUUAUUCCUGACCCCAAGAAUGAAAGCAAACAGAAAACCAAAACCAUCCGCUCCACACUAAACCCCCAGUGGAAUGAGUCCUUCACUUUCAAAUUAAAGCCUUCGGACAAAGACCGACGACUGUCCGUAGAGAUCUGGGACUGGGACCGGACGACAAGGAAUGACUUCAUGGGAUCCCUUUCCUUCGGCGUUUCAGAGCUGAUGAAGAUGCCAGCCAGCGGAUGGUACAAGUUGCUCAACCAGGAAGAGGGUGAGUACUACAAUGUGCCCAUCCCGGAAGGGGACGAAGAAGGCAACGUGGAGCUCAGGCAGAAAUUUGAGAAAGCCAAGCUUGGCCCUGCUGGUAACAAAGUCAUCAGCCCUUCGGAAGACAGGAAACAACCUUCCAACAACCUUGACCGAGUGAAGCUCACGGACUUCAAUUUCCUCAUGGUGCUGGGGAAGGGGAGUUUCGGGAAGGUGAUGCUUGCUGACAGGAAGGGAACCGAAGAGCUCUAUGCCAUCAAGAUCCUGAAGAAGGACGUGGUGAUCCAGGACGACGACGUGGAGUGCACCAUGGUGGAGAAGCGGGUCCUGGCCCUGCUGGACAAGCCCCCGUUCCUGACGCAGCUGCACUCCUGCUUCCAGACUGUGGAUCGGCUGUACUUCGUCAUGGAAUACGUCAAUGGUGGGGACCUCAUGUACCACAUUCAGCAAGUAGGAAAAUUUAAGGAGCCACAAGCAGUAUUCUAUGCCGCAGAGAUCUCCAUUGGAUUGUUCUUCCUUCAUAAAAGAGGAAUCAUUUACAGGGAUCUGAAGUUAGACAAUGUCAUGCUGGAUUCAGAAGGACAUAUCAAAAUCGCCGACUUUGGAAUGUGCAAAGAACACAUGAUGGAUGGGGUCACGACCAGGACCUUCUGUGGGACUCCGGAUUACAUCGCCCCAGAGAUAAUCGCUUACCAGCCGUACGGGAAAUCUGUGGACUGGUGGGCCUACGGCGUCCUGCUAUAUGAAAUGCUGGCUGGGCAGCCUCCGUUUGAUGGUGAAGAUGAGGAUGAGCUGUUUCAGUCUAUAAUGGAGCACAACGUGUCCUACCCUAAAUCCUUGUCCAAGGAGGCUGUCUCCAUCUGCAAAGGACUUAUGACCAAACACCCAGCCAAGCGGCUGGGUUGUGGGCCCGAGGGAGAAAGGGAUGUCAGAGAACACGCCUUCUUCCGGAGGAUUGACUGGGAGAAACUGGAGAACAGGGAGAUCCAACCUCCAUUCAAGCCUAAAGUGUGUGGCAAAGGAGCAGAAAACUUUGACAAAUUCUUCACACGAGGACAACCUGUCUUAACACCGCCAGAUCAGCUGGUCAUUGCUAACAUAGACCAGUCUGAUUUUGAAGGGUUCUCAUAUGUAAAUCCCCAGUUUGUGCACCCGAUCUUGCAGAGUGCAGUAUGAAACUCACUAAUGAGAGAUCGAAUGCCUCCCCAGUCCCCAGCCUCCCAUCAGUGGGAAAUGAUCCUUAACCCUAAAAUUUUAAGGCCAUGGCCUUGUGUCUUAUUCCACAUGGAGGUCUGAAAAUUGUAGAGUCAUUAGUCCACAUGUGAUCAACUUUUCAGGGUCUCUCUCUCUCUCUUUCUGUCUCUCUCCUUUCUUCCUCCUGCUCAGAACCAAGAACAUUAUCUUAGUGAAAGAUGAUAUAAUGUACAGCGUGUAGUUUAAUUAUGUAGAAGUUACAUCUGACUGUAGCUUAACCCUUUAUAGAAAGCAAAGAGACUCUUACCCCUUUUUUGGGUACGAUUUGAUAUAUUCUCCAUAUCCUUCAUCUGUGAAUUUUCACCAUUGACAUCCCCUAACCAGAGAUGUCAAAGCAAACCUGCCCCAGCCCAAGGGCUGGAAACAUCUCCGCCCAAGAUGUCUUUGGAUUAAAAGAAUGGGGACCCCAGAGAAUAAGCAAAGGGGGAUUGAGGAUAGGCAAGAUUUCAUGGUACCCAUCGCCUCUAUUUUCUGCUUCAAAGGAAACAAUCCCUAGAAUCCAAGAUGGACUUAAUCACUGUUCCCAAAUGUUAUAACCUAACCAUAGAUUUGAACAAGAAGCAAAGAAAAAUACUUCAAAUAAGUAUUCACUGAAUCUGUCAUCUGUGUCAUCCUACUUGGCUGAUAGCUAUCUUUAUACUUGCAUUCUUUUUAAGAGGCCAAAUUGUCUAAGGACUUUGCUAAAUGAUCAUGUGAAAUCAUUUCAGUUCAAGGAUAAACCAGUGUGUAUGUAUGUUCAUUUUUAAUCUCUGGGAGAUUAUUCUUCAAUCCAGGGUGCCAUCAGUAAUCAUGCCACUACUCAUGAGUGUUUUUAGCCAACUCACCCACAUACCCACCCACCCACACACAUAAACACACACACAAGAUUUUGCCACCUUUGUGGCUACCUUUCCUAAGAAGCUGAAGUGUAUGCCCCAUCCCCUUUUAUACUUAUUUAUUUAACAAGCUGCAGUGUGGUUUAUGGAAGUACGAUGUAUAGUAACUUAAUCAAAGUCUUGAGUCCAGCAUCAAUCCCUAUUGUUUGAUUCUUCUCCUCCCUCCAACCCUGACAUCCACUUAGGGAUGAAAACAGUACAGUUUCGGGCCCCAUUUCCAGUUCUUGCUGAAUGACACACCUGGAGCUAUAGAAUCAGGAUACAUGGAUGCUUAUCAGUUCAAAGAUGUUUUCUUGCUAGAAGAUUUUAAUAUGUUUUGCAAAUGCAUCAUGCAAUGGAUUUUGCAUGUUUAUAAUAAACAUUAAUAACAAGUGAAUCUAUAUUAUUGAUAUAAUUGUAUCAAGUAUAAAAGAGUAUUAUAAUAAUUUUUAUAAGACACAAUUGUGCUAUAUUUGUGAAGGUUCAUGUUUCCAAUCUGCUUAUAUGAUUAAGUUUUAGCUUUAUUCUUUGCCUCCAUGCUUCCCCUUUCCCUUCCCUCCUGCACAUUGGCACUGUAUCAGAUAUAUUAAUUUUUAAUGUAGAUAUAAUUUCAAAUAUGAAUGGCUACUUUACAUGUUUCAUUAGGCUUUUACUAUAUAUGUGUGUAUAUAUGUAUAUAUAUAUAUUUGAUUCUCUCUGCAAACCACA